UAGUGACCUUGAAGAGCGCGCGUUUGCUCAGGAGAGUUUGGAUGGAGAACAUUAUUCCUUUUGCACGGAUCUUUUCUACACUUUUCUGUCCUCCAUUUAUCUGAGACCAGUUUGCAUCACGCACAAAGGCUGGUUCUUGCAGAAAGUGAUAUGCAAACGGGAGUGAAUUCAUAGACGAGCUGCGGCUCCGACGCGCGCGCCGUGUCCCGCAGGCUGAGCGCGGGGCUCCGGGAAGAAGUGACACAAACAACAAACAUGAAAUCCAGGAGUCAGGACCAGAGUUUGUCUGACUCCAGAGAGCUGGACAGAUCUUACGACCCGCUCACAGGUAAUCCACCAUCCAAACCCAACAAAAAGACCAUAAAGCAGCGCUUCCUCAAACUUCUGCCCUGCUGUCGCUCUGGCUCCAGCUCUUCCAUUACUCAAAGUAACAUAAGUGAUGAUGACGAACUGUCAACGGUGCGUUACCGACCGGAGAGGAUCGACCGCCUCGUACAGCAGACCAACUUCACCAAGAAAGAGUUGCAGGUCCUCUACCGGGGAUUCAAAAACGAGUGUCCGAGUGGGGUGGUGAAUGAAGAGACUUUUAAAAGCAUCUACUCCCAGUUCUUCCCUCAUGGAGAUUCAAGUAUGUAUGCACACUUCCUGUUUGAAGCUUUUGACACCCACAACAAUGGAUCGGUCAGCUUUGAGGACUUUAUUGUCAGUCUGUCCAUCAUCUUGAGAGGAUCCAUCACCGAUAAACUCAACUGGGCCUUUAAUCUGUACGACCUCAACAAAGAUGGCUGCAUCACCAGAGAGGAGAUGACAGACAUCAUGGGCUCCAUCUAUGACAUGAUGGGGAAGUAUACUUACCCCUGCAUGAAGGAAAAUGCUUCCAAGGAGCAUGUUGACAACUUCUUCCAGAAAAUGGACAAGAACAAAGACGGAGUGGUCACCAUCGAGGAGUUCUUGGACACAUGCCAAAAGGAUGAAAGCAUCAUGCAGUCCAUGCACAUGUUCGACAAUGUGAUCUAAAUCUUUAGGAACUAGAUUUCUCUCUUCUGCGUGGACCUCAUCUAGUUCUUCAGCCCCCAGAAGGAGUGAACGGUGCUCCUGGAUCCUAAACAGAGCGGUGCAAUGUCCUGAGGAUAUCUACCCCAAAAACCCAUCUUCUCCUGAAAUGUCUUUAUCAAAAGUGUACAGGAAGGCAUCAAACAUGUGGUGUUUAAGAUCUUGAGACUGGUUAAAAUGUUCCGAGCAGAAUUAUUUGAACACGCGUAUUUAAUGCUGAAGUAAAGCAGCUAAGCAUUGAUGAACAGAAGGGUCAAACAAGCAGAUAUAUGCAGGCUUCUCUCGAGGCCUCUUUACUCAUUCACUUGUACUUUCUCUCUUGCAUGAAUGAAUGAAUGUGCAGACACAAGGAGCAAAUUGAACAAUGCUCAAAAUGUUGUAGAAAAUGUAAAUGAUCACUUUUUGUACUCAGUUUUAAGGACGGCUCUGAUGAAGGGAUGAGGUUUGAAAACAAGCAAUAAUCUAAGAAUAACAUGUUAUUAAAUCUGUCCUCAAUGUUCCUAUGAGAUACGACUGUUCUCACCAAUCACAUGUAUUGUAAAACCGUAUACUGUGUGUGCAUGACUGGCUGUUGAAAUGUUGAUUUAUUUAGG